UAUAGAUAACUAUGUUACGUGCAUAAUCCCUAUCUCCUUCAUUCUAAUAUUGUUCUUCACUGUCUUUAUAUGUUUAAUUAAUUAGCUUAUAAUCGGUUUGUGUGAAGCAGUUUUAAGUUAGCAUGCAGAAAGGAUUAUUGAAAAGUGAAGAGCUGUAUCAGUAUGUGCUGGAGACUAGUGUGUUCCCACGCGAACCAGAGCCUCUCAGGGAGCUAAGAAAUAUCACUGCUAAUCACCCAUGGGCUAAGAUGGCUACUUCUCCAGAUGCUGGGCAGUUUAUGGCCAUGCUUUUGCAGCUAGUAAACGCAAAAAAGACAAUAGAAGUGGGAGUCUUCACUGGGUACUCCCUUCUCCUCACGGCUCUUUCAAUUCCUGAGGAUGGUAAGAUUGUCGCCAUAGAUGUCGAUCGUGAGGCCUAUGAAAUAGGACUGCCAAUUAUAAGAAAAGCUGGAGUCGAACACAAAAUUGACUUCAUGGAAUCUGAGGCUCUACCAGUUCUCGAUAAGCUACUGAAAGAACAUGGAAAUGAAAGCAGUUUCGACUUUGCUUUUGUGGAUGCUGACAAAAUCAAUUACUGGAACUACCAUGAAAGGCUACUAAAGUUGGUGAAGGUGGGUGGAAUAGUUAUCUAUGAUAACAGUCUUUGGAGAGGGUCAGUUGCUGUGCCUGAAGAAGAAGCUCCAGAGCAUUUGAGAUUCUGCAGACAGCUUACAAUUGAACAUAACAAAUUCCUUGCAGCUGAUUCUCGGGUCCAAAUUUCACAUGCUUCGUUGGGUGAUGGCAUCACCAUCUGCAGGCGCAUUUGCUGAUUUUCCUUUCUUUUUCUUUUCGCAGUUUGCUAAACAUAAAGACACCAACAAGGGGCAAAAGAUAGGAUAUUUACGUUAAUAAGGUGUAACUUGAUUAACUAUUUUUCAUUUCCAUGAGAAAUACCUCAAAUUUUUGUGAUAUAUAUGUUUGCAUUGUGUGGUGAUAUUCAAUAUAAAUGCUAUAUUUCUUCA